UCAUUGUCACAGUGGGGAACUGAUUUUGAGAUAAUUGCUGCAAAGUCAUUCCUUGACACCAAAACACGUGAUCAGAUAAAGAACAAAUAUAAAAAGGAAAGAAAGAAUAACCCUGUGCGUGUUAAUAAUGCAUUAGAUACUCGCAUUCCAGUUG